AUGGCUUCUUGUACACACAAUGAUAUUCAUAGCCAAAGUAAACAAGUGAUUUUUCGCGUGUAUACUUUUUUCAAAAAACUGUCUGCUAUGGAAAAUUUAUCAGCAGAGUUUUUUAAAAAAACUCAGCUCAUUACUGCAGAAGCGUGUGGAGUCAGCGAACGAACUGUUCAAAAAAUUUUCGCGGAAUCAAAAAAAUCUGAAAAUGAAAACGUCACGUGUGCAAAAACUUUAUUCAAAUCGCCGAGUAAAACAUAUUAUAGGAAAAAGAAUAUUACUGAUAUCGAUGAUUUCAACGCCGAUGUAGUCCGAAGAUGUGUCCAUGAAUUUUACGAUAAAGGUAACUAA